AUGUCAUCAUCAGUGCCUUACGACCCAUAUAUGCCCCCAGAGGAAAGCAACUCGAGUUCAAACCCAAAUUCCCAGAACAAGACGGCCGCCUUGAGACAAGAGAUCGAUGAUACAGUGGGAAUAAUGAGAGAUAACAUCAAUAAGGUUGCUGAGCGUGGUGAAAGGCUGACCUCCAUUGAGGACAAAGCUGAUAACUUGGCUAUUUCCGCACAAGGCUUCAAGAGGGGCGCCAAUAGGGUGAGAAAGCAGAUGUGGUGGAAAGAUCUAAAAAUGAGAUUGUGUCUGUUUUUGGUUGUUCUUAUCUUGCUGAUAGUGAUUAUCGUUCCUAUUGUCGUCCAUUUCAGUUAG